AUGCCAGGGUCAGAAGGAGAGGGAAUGGCACCACUAAACAACCCCUCAGGGGCCACCGGGCGAAGUUGGUUGAGCGGCAGACCUAGGCCAUGGCGAAAAGUCAACCUAUCUCGACGACAGGAUAAUGGAGGUGACGGCGGGAACGAUGGUGGGCGCGGCCGCUUUGGUAACAACGGCGGCAAUGGCGAUAAUAACGACAGAGGAGGAGGGUUUUUUCGGGGCGGGCAGAAAGGCGACGAUAAUGGCGGGGGUGGGGGAUUCGGCUUUGGCAGCGGUAACGGCGGUGGUAACGGCAACGGUUUCGGCAACGGCUUUGGCAAUGGCUUUGGAAAUGGGAGGGGAGGCGGGGACGGGAACCGCUUUGGCAACGGCAACGGCAACAACGAUAAAGAUGAUGACGACAAUGAUGGUGGCGAUAGGAGUAGAAACAGGUUUGGCGACGGCAACGGCAGAGGCGGGAAUGGUUUUGGCUUCGGCAACCGUUUCGGCGAUGGCGACCGCGGGAGAGGGAACAACAGGGGAGGGGGAGGCUUUGGGAGAAAUAGGGACGGCAAUGACGGCGACGGCAAUACCAGUUCAGAGUCCGGUUCUGUUGAAACACCACAAUCAACGGAUCCACCCUCGGAAUCGCCGUCACCGACAUCAGAAUCGGAAUCAGCACUACCAGAACCGACAUCAGAAUCAGCAUCAGGGGCACCAGGGGAAUCACCGCAACCAACUCCACCCCCCGAGCCUAUCCCAUCCUCGACCGAGCCUGUCCCGGCAACAGAAGUAUCGAGCGAUUUUAACCAAGGUGUAAUCUUACUGCAGUCUGCUGUAACGGGGAGUCCAACCGCUGAGGCAGACCCGACUGUUACCCAGUUCAUCCCCAUAAUGCCAGUCAACGACGUAGCAGGCUCUGGGUCAACCGAGCUUGUCGAGUCCGAGACUGAGCCGCCAGUCUCGGGACCUCUGCCAACGACGAUGCCUAACUCUCCCCCAACCGGAGGGCCAAUGGACAACAACAUCGCGAAUGGAAACGGCAGAGGCGGGGAUGGUGCAGGUAAUAGACUUGAGUUGGCACAGUCUGGUAUGGACCCGACGGCCGAGCGUAUCCUGAUUUCGUCGAAAAGAGCUGAUCAGGCUGGUGGCCGCGGUGGACUUUCGAGAAAAGUUAGCUCCAAGUUCCCCUUCUUUGGGCGACGGGGCUGGCGAAACUUGGAGGACUCGACGACAAGCCGAUCCCCACCACCCAGCUACCGCGAGAAGACAGGCAGUGUGGGUUUUGCAUCAGGGGAGGGCUUCUAUGAGCCGGAAAAGGUGCAAACCCAGCAGCCCCCGCAACAACCGUGGCCCCAAAGUACCUCAGAGACUAUGAUACUCUCAGGACAUGGCUCAACGCACUCUGGUAUCAUGUACCAGCCGCCACCCAAUCCUAGAGAUACAUGCACGGCCGCCAACCGCCCCCACAUCACGCUUAUGACCAAUAUACCGGCGGCAUACUCACAUCAACCCCAAGGGUCCUUUAGUUCCACGAAUGCGGCCCAGUUCGGCACCAUAAUGACACCCGAGAGCACAGCGAGCCCCAUGCACUCCGGGGUCUCGCCGGCCUCGUACUACAACCAACCCCUCCUUGCCCAGCAGUUCACCGCGCCCUACAACCCCCUCUACCGACAGCCCAGCCGGACCAUCAGCGAAAUCUCUUCCCUCUCCUCCGGUUUCGGAGACGGCGACAUCAUCGUCAGAGACCCGAUGAUCACCCCUCCCGCGCCGACCGCCGUCCCCGGCUCGUCGCCAACCAACAGCCCCCAGCAGCACCCACCCCAGCUUCCGCAGCCGCAAUACACAACCCGCUUCUCCUGGAUGUCCCAACCCAAGGGGCCAACACACACAGCCCACCCAACUUCAACAAUAGCAGCAACCGGGACACCACCGACAGCAACAGGCGGCCCAACCCCAACGAACGCCCCAACACGACAGGACAGCACCGCCAGUAGUAGCACUAGCGGCCGGCGCGAGACGGUCUACACGGAGACGAGCGAGGACCAGCCGGCGCGGUUCCGCAGCGUCACGUCGUGGGUCGACCAGCAGACGGGGCGCAUCAAGCGUGUGCAGCAGAGAGGAGUGGCAACUGAGGUGUCUGUGGGUGCGGCUGGGGAUGGGGCUGGGAAUGGGAAUGGGGGUGGUGGGGGAGGGGGUGCACAGGUGCCCGGGGACCCCGGGAUUCCGGGGAUACAUAACCCGCCGAGGGAGCAGAGCUUUGGGAUGAUGAUGGAUGAUGAGGAGAGGCCGAGGAGGGUGGAGGAGGUUGUUGUUGGUGGUGGUGGUGGUGGUGAUGGUGGGUUGGGGGCCGCGGUGAGAAUGGGUUAG